CCUCUGUCUUCACCUCCUCCCUCCUCUCUCUCUCUCUCUGUUUGUUUCCAGCCGUCGACCUCGGGGUCAGGAUGGAGCUCUGGACGACUCUGACCAUCGUCGCUCUGCUGCUGAUGUCUGCCGGAUCCCAUCAAGCACCUGACCGGGCAAACAACACCACACCCGCCAAUACGACUGACACCACCAAGGUGGACUGUUCCUGUAGUACCCCCGUCCCCCCAGCCCCCUGUCCCGCCGCCCCACCCCCCUCUCUGUACCUCAUCUCUGUCAACUGGACCAGACCAUGUGAAGGAGACAUCAUCCUGCUGCAGCUCCUUCCUCCUUCCUCCUCCUCUCCCUCCUCCCCUGUUUGUUAUGGGAAUCCGACCCUGGAUCAGACUCUGCUGGACUCGCUGUGUGAGGGUCGUGGGGAGUGCAAGGGGCCACUGGGCUGGGGGAUAGGCAAUGAGAUCAUGAAUGGUUAUGACAUCAUAAAGCAGGAGAGGGGGCAGACCUGUAAGAAGCAAACUCUGCUCUGUAAAGUUAAAGGUGUAGUCCGGGCGGACGCUAACUCCCAUCUGACGGCCUAUAAAGUGGUGACAGCCCUGCUCUGCUGCAUCCUCAUCAUCCUUUUCCUGAUCCGCUUCACCAAACCCACCAUCAAGGCGCUGCAGAGCAGACUUUCAGAUCGGAGACAGAACCGCUGGAUCGGACCAACGCAGAGUCACAGUGUGUCCUACCAUCGUACCAAUGUGGUCCAGAACACAGAGCGAGAGAAGAGACUGUCGUACCCGGCGCUUGAGAGACUGGCGGUCCGAGACAGCAGAGAGCCUUCAUCCAACAGGAACAGUGACUUCAGCUUCUGAACAUCAUCAUCAUCAUCAUCAUCAUCAUCAUCAUCAUCAUCAUCAUCACCACCAUCAUCAUCAUCAUCAUCAUUAUGGUCAUCACUGACAUUCGUUUCUAUUAUCAUAAACGUAACAGCGGGAUUUCUCUGGACAUCAGCGAUCCUCGGUGACUGAGUCAGAUCUGGAGUCCCUUCACAAAUAUUCAAGAAGAAAAGAGACCUGUGAUGACUGCCUGAGGCCUAAUCCAAUCUCAGAACUCUGACUUUAAUCUCUGAACUCUGACUUUAAUCUCAGAACUCUGACUUUAAUCUCUGAACUCUGACUUUAAUCUCAGAACUCUGACUUUUA